AAACCUGGGACUAACUUGUUUUUUUUUCCCUUUAAUUAUUAUUUUCUCUGUUGUGUUGUUCAUCAAUUAUUAAUCCAACUAGUAUCACCAAAAGAAGAAAAUAAAAAAUCUCUUCUCUUCCUUUUUCCUUUUUCUCUGUCCAAUUAUCAGAACAAAAAGCAAGCUUAGACUUUAGGGUUUGUGGCUCUUGUACAACCAGAUAGAGGAAAAUGGUGAGAGGAAAGAUCGAGAUCAAGAAGAUCGAGAACAAGACAAGUAGACAAAUCACAUUCUCGAAGCGAAGGAACGGUCUCUUCAAGAAGGCACAUGAGCUAUCUGUUUUAUGUGAUGCACAAGUCGCCGCCAUUGUCUUCUCUCAGAGCGGAAAAUUAUAUGAAUUCUCUAGUUCCGAGAUGGAGAAGACCAUAGAAAGGUAUCGCAAGUUUAGUAAUGACUACUUUGCGCCAGGGAGGCCCCAAGUAGAACUAUACAUGCUGGAGCUCAAGAAGGAAAUGGAUAUAAUGGUAAAGAAGAUUGAUCUCCUUGAAGUUCAUCAAAUGAAACUAAUGGGGAAAGGUUUGGGUUCAUGUUCACUGGCAGAACUUCAAGAUAUAGAAACUCAGAUUGAGAAAAGCCUUCGAAUCAUCAGAUCAAGAAAGGCUGAUUUAUAUGCAGAUCAACUACUGAAACUAAAAGACAAGGAGAGAGAACUUUUGGACGAGAGAAGAAGGCUACGUGAAGAGGAAAUAAGAGAAACACUGGUACGGCCAAUGCUGCCAGUAACCUUACAUACUGAGAAAAAUGAAACCAUAGGUGCCUGCAGAACGUCCAAACGUUCAUCAGAGGUCGAAACCGAUCUAUUUAUUGGAUUGCCCGCUACUCGACUAUAACGUAUUUCACACAUU